AUGGUCCAAUGGAUAUGCAAACAGGCACAUAUAGGAGAGACCAUGUAUAUCCUUCUCAACAAUGCACAUUUUGACUUGCUAUUGCUGGCACAACAUAACCAAGGCGCUGUGGGACAAGAAUUAGAAAGGCCAGCUCACUGUAAAAGAGAAGCUACUGCAAAAGCUGCUGCACAACACCGUUUAGCCCAGCAAAUUGAAAUGCUCGACCCUAGAGAUGAGGCUAUUUUUAAGCUGUUCCUAGAGAGGUACAAGGGGUCGCCUCCUCCAAAUGUGGUAGCGGCCCUUACCGCUCUGGCUCACGCGCGCAAUGGUUCAUCCAGGAGGAGCAAUGUUACUGUGGCUGAAGAAGUUGAGAAAGAAGAUGAGUAA